GAAACCAAUAACCUGAAGGAUGCUACGCCUGGCAAGAAACGAGCUAUGUUCCUAACGCAUUGCGGACUCGCCAUUUUCAAGAUGGCAAAAGCACUCGCCAAACUGGCAGAAGUCAAAACAAUGGACUGGGAUACCCUUGCUCCCAUCCUCAGGGCCCAUUAUGCCCCAGCGGUGCCAACCCUCAUCAGGAGACACGAGUUUUACCAGAGGGACCAACAGGAAAGCGAAAGCGUUGGGGACUUCGUAGCAAACCUCAGGAAUUUGUGUGGACUCUGUGGUUUCGCAAAUCUGGAAGAAGCCAUGAGAGAUCGGGUCGUUUUGGGUUUAAGAGACCUCACCACCCAAAGCAAGAUCAUGAAAAUUCGGGUAAGGGUCACCAUUGAAAAUCGACCAUGCGUUAUGGAAGUCGACUCUGGGUCUUCCCUAUCAAUGGUCUCCUGGAAAACCCUCAAGCAGCUGAUCCCUGACAUUCGCCGCCAGGAUCUCAGCACUCAGAAACUUAUAUUAAAGGACUACCAGGGAAAUCGGAUUCCAGUCGCUGGUUCCAGUCACGUCCAAGUCUCAUUUAAAGACCACACCGCAACCCUACGUCUCACCGUCGUUGACAAAGACCGACCCAGUUUAUUGGGUUUGCAGUGGUUCGCGCCGCUAGGAAUCGAGCUGGCAGGCAUCAACCAGACCGUAAGUGAUGACUGGGAGGCGGCCCUCGUCCGGGACUUCCAAGAAGUUUUCACCGAGCAAUUAGGCAAGUACAAGGGGUCCCCUAUAUCGUUUAAACUCUGCCCUGAUGUUGCGCCCAUUCGCCUUAAGCCUCGUCGAGUGCCCUUUGCGCACAAACCAAAGAUUGACGAACAAUUGGACAAGUUAAUAGCCCAGGGCGUAUUAGAACCCAUCGACCACGCCCAAUGGGAGACCCCAAUUGUAACCCCCAUAAAACCAGACGGAUCUUUGAGAAUCUGUGGGGAUUACAAGGCCACCCUGAACCACGCACUACAGCAGAGCGCCUACCCCGUGCCCGUGGUCCAACACCUUCUUCACUCACUCGAGGGCGGAAAGGUAUUCGCAAAGCUUGAUUUAGCCCAAGCGUACCAGCAGCUACCCGUAGAUGCAGAGACCGCAGAAGCCCAAACCAUAGUCACACACAGAGGUGCGUUCAAAUGUAACAGACUCCAGUUCGGAGUGAGCGUAGCACCUGGCAUCUUUCAAAGUUUGAUGGAAAGGUUGCUGCAGGGUAUAAAAGGGGUUGUACCCUACUUCGAUGAUGUCUUGAUAGCCGCCCCCACAAGAAGUCAACUAGAAAAACACCUAAGAAUGGUCCUUCAAAAAUUCAAAGACGCAGGCCUAAAGGUCAAGAAGGAAAAGUGCCAACUAUGCACUGAGAGGGUUGAAUUUCUUGGUUACCUUCUUGACAAACAAGGAAUUCACCCUACUGAGAAAAAAUUGGCUGCAAUAAAAAACGCCCCAAGACCUAGGAACAAGACAGAUCUCCAACAGGCUUUCCAGCAAGUAAAAGACCUCUUAACAUCAGAUGCUGUAUUGAUACAAUAUAACGAGACACUACCAUUAACUGUAACCUGCGACGCCUCACCGUUUGGAGUAGGAGCCAUCCUGAGCCACGUCCUACCAAAUGGUACGGAGGCGCCUAUUGCAUUUUUUUCAAGAACUUUAUCUAAAACUGAGAGAAACUAUAGCCAAUUAGAUAAAGAGGCCCUCGCUAUUGUAUCUGCAAUCAAACGAUUUCACGAGUACGUAUAUGGAAGAUCUUUUUCUAUAAUCACCGAUCACAAACCAUUGCUUGGCAUUUUGGCAGGGGAUAAACCAACUCCCCACAUCCUAUCGCCAAGAAUGACACGCUGGUCGGAAUUUCUAGCCGCAUACGAUUACCAACUAAGACAUCGACCGGGGAAAGCCAUUCCCCAUGCUGACGCAAGAAAUUGGCCUGAAAUCGAACCCAACGACACAUUUAAACCCUUCAAAAACAGACAGACAGAACUUUUCUCCCAAAAAGGGUGCGUGUUGUGGGGAGACAGAGUUAUCAUCCCAGAAAGGCUACGAAAUAAAGUCUUGAAACUACUGCAUGAUGGACACCCGGGCAUCGUACAAAUGAAGGCACUAGCAAGGAGCUACGCCCGGUGGCCAGGUAUGGACGGUCAAAUUGAAACCUGGGUGGCCACCUGUAACAAAUGCCAGGAAACACGUUCGGCUCCACCAAAAGCACCACCAACGGAAUGGGAAAUGCCCAGGGGCCCAUGGUCCCGCAUCCACAUCGAUUUUGCAGGACCUACCAAAGGACAUACCUUUCUAAUAACAGUAGAUGCCUAUUCAAACUGGCUCGAGGUCAACAAAAUGAAGAACACCACCACAGAAGCAGCUGUAAAAAAAUUGAACAGACUGUUUGCAACACACGGCUUACCAGAUGUCUUGGUUUCAGACAACGGCCCACAAUUUACCGCUUUGGUGUUCGAACAGUACCUAGCAGACCGAGGGAUACGCCAUGCCUUAACAUCGCCUACUCACCCUGCAGCCAAUGGUAGGGCUGAACGAAUGGUCCAGCUCACAACGAAAACCUUACACAAAAUGGAUUGA